AUUCACGAGUCGAUCCUUGUGCCUUUGCGCACUGCGAUGGGGAUCAUCGUCGAGUCUCUCGACAUCCCUGAUGACUUCGAGGUCUCCUUACCCAUCCACAUGGGGCGUAUGGUAGACGCCCCCGCUACCGCAGAACUUCCUUCUCCUCAGGAUGAGACUCAGGGUUAUCACCUCGGAGUACCGGACCUGGUGCUAAUGUUCCAGACCCGUGAUGACGACAUCCGUCCCUUCUGGCCAUUCGAGGUUUCCGUCUCCCAAACUGCUGAAGGCGCCGUCGCGAAGUUGCAGAAGUUUGGCGAUCGGAACGAGCACGUUUUGGCCGCCACUCACAUCAACAUCGCUGAAUCCCGGAAGCACGCCUCACCGACGUAUGAGUGGGGUGUCGCGAAGAAGUUGAAUCGGAGGGGAGUUCAGAUGGGGGAGUUGACGCAGUCGGAAGAUGGUGCAUUAGCGUCGCACUCUCAUACAUGGUAUCAUCCUGCGACGGUCACCAUCACCACUUGGAUCCGUCCUCCUAACAGGCGAUUGAACCUCAACUCUCGACAUCGUGCUUACUGUGCGAGUGCCGUACUUUAUCCCAACCAGAACGAGCAGGCCCUCGCCAAAGUUCAAAACAUAUUCCAACGCACGCUGGAGCAAGUGCGCGAUACCGUUGUUGACCACCUAGAGGCUGAGCACGCGGAUGACGAUACGCUCCUCGACUCACUCCAAGCCAUGAGGGACUGGUCUCCACCAAGGGAGCUGCUCGAUUGGAACAAGUGCAGCAAGGACCUGCGGUCAGCGAUGAAGCAGACUGGAUUCAAUCGGUACCGCGCAUGGCACCGCAGCUUCCUUAAGCGUGUAGCCGAUGAGGCCGAGGUCUCGGGAUCUAGACCUGGACCGAGCAAGAGGGGCAGGGUCACAUAGCGGCACGUCUCGUUCUGUGUCUCGCGCAAAUUCUCGAUGUCUUUCAAAUCGCACUUCACAUGUUUACCCCCCAAAU